AUGUCUCCGACGGACAGACCUCAGGUUAACGUGGGCAGCGCUCCCCCUGCUUAUGAUUAUCUGCACCUGAGUGCCACGGAGAAACCAUUGACGGAGAAGAACAGCGAAUAUCCGGCGGUGGACAAGCUGCUCAGAGUUGUUGCCGAGCUACUGGACUCUGAACCCCCCGAACCCAUUGAACUCGCUUCGUCUAAAUCUUUUGAGCUCAAGUCGCUCCGCAAAUCAGACCGUAGGCCUUUAAGAUCAAACUUUGAAGGGACUGCCAGCUGGCGGACAUCCAUGAAGGACAAGCUUGAACAAGGAGUUACCGAUAUCCUCGAGGAGAUCAUGAAACACCUUAUCCCGGAUAGCUCUAUUCAUUCGGUCCUCGGCAAGUGUUCUCAAGCAUUAGAGAAAUUCGAUUCGUCUCUUUCGCGCCUUCUGCAGUCUCGGUGCAUCCGGCACACAUUCUUGUAUUGGGUGGUCUGGAAGCAUCACAACUCAUCCGCAAACGACAGCGUCAUCGACACCUUCCUCGCGCUCGCUGCUCCCCUCGAAGACCAGACUGCGCUGGAUGUCAAGGCCGCGUGUUUGCACACCGCGAAUCACACCUUAUUCGACCGGUUGCGUCGGUCACGCAUUAUAGCAACCUCAACGGAUCCAGACGAAUCGCUUCUUGGCUUGCUGUCUGCAGAUUCCAUUCAUUUCAAGGAAGGAACCUUGCAAGACGCAUUCGAUUUCACUGUGAGGCUCUCCAUGCCGGAUUUCCAGGCUCGGCUAAAGGCCAUGCGAUGCAUUAGUCUGGAGUUAAUCGCGCGAGAUGACGGCUGGAGGGACGGCUGGUGGAUCGUGAAGGUAUCGACGGGCGGAACUAGCCCUUAUGUACGAUUCGAGUCGCAGCUGGUCUUCCUACAUGGUCGUUCAGAGUCCUCUCUGCCGGUCACGAUGUCUACACCAGAGGACUGUGGCUUGAUCUCUCAGAACUCCCGUUGCGAUUCUGAUGGAGACAUGAAUUACGUUCUCUCAGAUAAUGCCUUUUGUGCUUUGCAGGACAACAUUGGCGCAUUUGAUACUUCAGACAAGCCUCGGGCCCUUGAAGCCGAAUGGACUGUGAAGAUCGUCACUGUUACCAAUGUCUGCACGAACUAUGCAGAUUCCGACAUCCUGUCAUCCGAAGGCGACGAGGAACCAGACUUGGACACCUGCGAGUAA